AAACUGGAGUGAGAGUACGGAGUAGUGAGUGGAUAUUCGGAUGGCUGUGGUGGUCUGACGUCAUCGCUCACCGCCCGACAGAAAGGGUUGAGCGCAGCAACUGCAUGUUGCAUCUCGCUGCUCCUCCACUCACCACGCCGAGAUGCCUCGCCAUGCAUACGGACAACCUGCCCGGGCUGAUCCCGCCAGGAUGUACCCCUCUUCCGACAUUCUGCCGUUUGAAGGGAAACCGUCCUGGCAGCCAGUCAAUCAGAGACCGCUCUGCUGUCGACAGCAUCCCGACUCACCCCGUGGUCCGUCCCGUAGUGGCCAAUAGUUAUCACCCUGGUCUUGAUACUAUUUACCUAAGGUAUUAGAUACUAGCACUCUCUGACCAGAGAAAACGGAGUCCGCCUCUGAUUGGAACCCCAGACUUGGGCUGACGGGCCGGAACUAUGACGCCAGCGGGAGAAGAACUCUU